AUGUCCUGGCUUCUCAGCGCCCCCCAGUGCAGGAGGGCCCCGAAGAUUCCCGUGGGACGCCUGGCGCUGGCGGCCGCGCUGUGCCUCGGCCUCUCGCGCGGUGGGGACGAGGGCGCGACGGGCGAGGUCGAUGCCGCGGGGCUGCGGGGCACGGAGGCCGCCCUGGUGGCCGGCGUCCUCGACGGGCGCAGCUUCUACGUCUUCGGCAAGGGGGCCUCCAAGCUGAAGAAGCAGCGCUGGCAGGUCGCUGGCGUCGUUCUGCGCGACGGCGGCGCCGGCGAGGCGGAAGGGGCGCUGCGCGCCCUCGUGGACAAGAGGAGGGUGUACGUCAGGGCCCUGCCCGAGGAGGUGCAGGCCAUGCCAGCAGACGGGGCCGAGGAAGGCGCCGAGGCGCUGCUGGCCGACGUGUGGGACGCCGACGGGAGGCACCUGGGGCGGCUGCUGGUGGAGGGCGGGAGCGCCUCCGCCGAGCUGGAUCCGUCCGCGCCGCGGUCGGAGCUCUUCGGGAGGGACGCCCGCCCCUCGGCCCUGGGCGAGGCGGCCGCGCGCUCGGCGGAGGAGGCGCAGGAGAGGGCCGCAGCGGAGAAGGAGGAGGCCAUGAAGGAGAUCGCGGACGCGGCGGGCAAGGUCUUCGAGGACGCCGCCGUGGAGAGGGAGGCAAGGCAGAGGGAGGCGGCCGCGAAGGCGGCCGAGGAGGCGGAGGGGGCGCCGGGGGGUGGCGCAGCGCUGUGCGCCGGCGCAGGCGUCGCCCUGGCGAUCGUGGCGUGUGCGGCCGCGAACUUUGGCAGGCCGACGAGCAAGAAGGUCAACCUGAAUCGCAAGCGCGGCUGGCUGGAGCAGCAGCUGCGGAAGCUGAAGGGCAGCUGA